AUGAGAUCCUUUUGCAAGACAAAAAAACACUCCGAUCCUGAAUUUGAGAACCUCUUCCGCUAUACCAGUGGAAGGUGGCUCUGGGACGAAGAGCAACAGCUCCGAGAUCGGUGCAGGGCCUUCAACCUUGUCGAACUUCAAAAUUUAGCAGCCAAGGCCAUAGGCUCAAACAACUGUGUCUCAAUAACAAAGCUAGCCGAGGGAGGAUACAACAAGGUCUUUCGCCUUGUUCUGAAUGAUGACAAGGUAGUUUUAGCACGUAUCCCGAACCCAAACGCUGGGCCUCCAUUCUAUACGACUGCGUCCGAAGUUGCAACGAUGGAAUUCGCUCGAAAUUUCCUCCGAAUUCGUGUUCCUCGGGUAUUGGAGUGGAAUGCUACAGCUUCCAACCCCGUGGGCUCGGAGUAUAUCAUUAUGGAAGAGGCGGCUGGGACUCCGCUGGAAAAAGUGUGGAAUGAUAUGAGCCCCGACUCAAAACUCAGCAUCAUGAAGGAAGUGGUUUCUAUGGAGACAAAGAUGCUGUCGAUCUCAUUUUCACACUAUGGAGGCAUUUAUUUCGCGAGUGAUGCCGUGGAAGGCGCAGUCCCAGCACAAAUCACCACCGAGGUUCCCGCAGAAUUCAAAGAGCAAGUCUCGAAAACAUUCACGGUGGGCCCUACCACUAGCAGAGAUUUUUGGAACAAGGAGCGCUCUAUGAUGAAUCUUUCACGGGGUCCCCGGUCAAGCCCCAAGGAUUGUGCGCUCUGUAGUGAUGAUAUGCUCGUUUCUUCAGCCCAGAGCAGCCCACGGGCACAUUUGCAGCUGCUAGAAAGAUACCUGAGAAUUGCCCCUUCUCUUGUCGAUAUUGACGCUCCCCUGACUCGUUCUACGCUAUGGCAUACGGAUCUUCAUUCCUCAAAUUUGUUCGUGGAUGACAGCCACGUCACGGCCGUUAUCGAUUGGCAAAGUGUAUGGGCUGGCCCGCUAUUUCUCCAAGCACAGCCAUCCCCGCUUGUGGACUAUCAAGGCAGUAUUUUGCUCCAACGUCCAGACAACUUCGACAAUCUUGAUCCGAAGUACCAGGCUUAA